AGAAAUUAAAAAAAAAUCACAAAAUUCUGGACGUUUAUACAAAUUUCAAUGAUUAAUCUAUUACUGAAAAAAACCACACACAUUUUAUAUUUGUUACUAUACCUAAUGUUAAAGAAACGUUAAGCAGGAACAUAAAUGAUUAAACUAUCCUUACAUUUUCUGUGGGUGUAUUUCUCAUAAUAUUUUCUUAUAAAAACUAAAUUUUUUUAUAUAUCUCUUUGAUAUCUAAUUAAACGUGUUAUUGUAAUCAGCUUAUCAAAUUCAAUCUGAGUUGAGUCUGCCGAAGAAAGUGACUUGACUUCUAAGGAGGGGAGAAAGUGACCUAGAGAGGUCUGGGCUACGACAUCGUCCUCGAAUCUUUUCUUCUCAGUCUUCCGUAUGAUUGGGUGUGGAAUACUGGGUGUGUGAUACCAAGUGAAAAUAUUUCAUGAGAAAUUAAUUAUUCCGUACUAAUCACGCGAGUGAAGGCAUUUACCUUUUCAUGUAAAUUGUGUGAUUAUUUUCUUGUAAUUCGUAAAGAAAUUUUUUCUCUUUAUUUAAAAUAUUUUACUGUCUUUGUACACAAUUAACAAAUUUUGUACACAUUUUUUUAAAAAUUGAACAAACAGUGUAUUUCUAAUAUGCAUUAAUAAUAUAAACUUUUUAAUAAAAAAGUAAAAAAUUUAAUUGAAUUUUAAUCUAAAGGUUAAUUUGAAUUCAAUCUUGAAAUCUUACAGAACUUCUAUAAAUAUUUAAUUGAAGCUUUCAAUUUUAAUUGAAGAUAUAUUGGAUGUUGUAAUACGUUGCACUACGACGACUUUCCUGGAGAAAGUCAGAGAUACCUUGAACACAUUGAUUGAGGCGAAAAACGGAGCAUCUUUAUUUCGUUUACUUUACAUUUCGCGGAAGGUUGAACGCGCUGGCCUUUCAGUUCCUGUAGCCUCAGAGAUCUCAUCUACACUAUAUUUCUUCUUCGGUCUCGAAACCAUGACGACGAGAAAGAUAGCCGUGCAAUUAUAUUCUUCAGUUACGCUUGUCACGAUGAUAGCAAUUGUUAGUACGGCAUCCGAUGUGCCAUCAUCACCAUCCCAAACAAAUUUAAUAGCUGUUACGACAAAUCAUGGUCCGUGGGCAGAAGUUCUCGAAAAUUGGAUUACUUUUCAAUCCAACAAUUCUCGUGCCUCACGAGUGAUGAAGAUUGAUGAUAAGUUUGUGACAGUGUCGACCAAAAUCCAGAAUACAUCAAAUAAAAGAGAAGUUUCUGAAACCGAUCUUUACCUACUUGGUGCCAUUGAGAAACUAGUAUACAGAAUGGACCAUCUAGAAAAACGAGUAAGAAGAGCAGAAGAAUUAUUAUAUUACGUUAUUGCUGGAAACAAUAAAAUGAAAGAACCUUGUCCUGCCAAUUACACGAGAAUGGGCCAAAACUGCUAUCAUUUCAGUAAUCGUGAUUUCAACUGGAAAUCAUCAGCAAGCCUUUGUCGUGGUAUGGGUGGACACUUGGUCGAAUUCGACACAAUCGAAGAGAGCCAAGACGUAAUCGCGGGUUUAAUGUCGGACGCCAAGUUGAAGGGCAAAAAUUUCUGGACAGGUGGCUUAAAUCCAGGAGUGCUAUGGCUUUGGGCCAGCAGUGGUAGACCAGUUCACCAAGAUACUAAGCAACCCGUCAUUGGUGACGGCAAAUGUCUGAAAUUAACUUUCAACGCAUCGUCGAAAAUUUACUCAUACAGAGGUGAAGAUUGUGGCUCGAGACAAAAAUAUAUUUGCGAAUUGGUCAAUGACGAAUCGGCAAACAUGAUCGAAAGAACAGCACGGUUAUUAAUUCACAAGAAUAAUUAGAUGCCCUUUAAUAGCAGAUAAAAAUAGGAUAUGGUAUAAAAACAAACAUAAAAAAUUAUGUUUAUCUAAUUU